CACAGCACUGCAAUCUCAACCGGAAGUCGCCAUGUUCUUAGAGCUAUGAAAACAAAGUAACGUAUGAAGAGCGUGUUCAAGUAGCUGGUAAGGAAUACUGGACUUCUGAUCUUCGAUAAAAUAUGCAGAAUCUUGGAGUUCAAGGCUCUGAUAUUAUACGAGCAUCUUGUAAAAAAUGUGGAUAUUCAGGUCACCUGACAUUCCAAUGUAGAAACUUUUUAAAAGCAGAUCCAAACAAGGACAUAGUGUUAGAUGUGAGCAGUACCAGCUCUGAUAGUGAAGAAGAGUUUGUAUCUCCUCUUGUUAAGCUUAAACAAGAGGAGGCUGCAAAAAAGGAUAACGAAAAAGAUAAACCUAGGAAAAAGAAAAGAGAAAAACAUAAAAGGUCUGUUUUUUCAAGGAAGAAACACAGAUCCAGGUCCAGAUCCCCAGUAUCUGAUGACGAGAGACAUAAAAGGAGGAGGAAGAAAAAGCACAAGGAUGAAAGUGACUCGGAAUCAUCUUCUGCUGACAGCCACAAACAUAAAAAUAAACACAGGAGAAAUGUAUCUUCUGACAGUAGCCAGUUUUCAGAUUCUGACAGUGAUUCCAAGGAGAGUCAUAGGAGAAAAAGACAUAAAAGGAAACACAAGAAACACAAAAAAUGAGAUUUAAAAAAAAGGUUGAUGAGGAUUUUACAGUCACCUUUUAACUCAAGAUUUAAUGCAAUGUCCAAUACCUGGAGGAAUAGUUCAUUUUGCCUCCUUGAAAAUGGCAGGAAACUUGCAACUUUUGCUGAUGAACUGACAUUGAGAUGAAAAAAAUCUGUGUUGUAAACAUUGGAUAUUAUAAGUUGAUCUAGUUUUGAAAUUAAAGAUGACAUAUUUUAACAGCGAUCUUUUAGGGUGGUGACAGUGAGUGACACAAUUAUAUUUUAAUGAAAAUUGUUUUGUGAAAGCUUUUACUGAGAGCGUUUGAAACAAUAAAUUAAGCACCAAAGACAAUUAAGAAUUGUCAAAUCGGAAAAUGGAUACCCAGUGUGUUUCAUAAGUACACAUUUAUAACAUGGCUUUAUAGUCAAUUAGUAAAUUCUUUUCUGGGUUAAAAAUAAAGACAUUUAUUUUCAGAAUUUUA